UGUAUUCUCCUAGACUUUAAAUUGAACUAGUUGGGUUUCCUGGUUCAAAGCAGUAGCUUACAAUGGUCAGUCAUAUGGGUUUACAGAUAAUAAUACUGCUGUUGGCUGUUGCCGGUAGUAGAUGUAGAGCUGUUGAGGAGGAAACAACAAUACAACCUCCUUUACCUUUUAAAUACGCUUUUGCUGCAUCCCGCACACCGAACGGUACACCCGACAGAUACGUAGAACAGGAGGGAGAUGCUACAGGAGUAAUCAGAGGUUCUUAUGCCUAUCUUGAUCCGAACUACGAAUGGCAAAAGGUUUCCUAUGUAGCAGAUGAGAAUGGAUUCCAUGUUGAUUCUGCUAAUCUUCCUCAACCCAACCCUCUUAAACAUCCAGAGGAUACUAUUGCUGUUACAAAAGCUAAGACCAAUCAUGCUAGACUCUACCAAGAAAUUGCUCUCAGGAACUCUCAGGUUCCUGUUCCAAUAAUUUCUACUCCCAAUGUUGAGAGUGCAGCUGUUGCAGCUAAGCGAUCAGAAUUUCAGGAACAGUAUGCUCAAAUAGUGGCGGAACAUGCAAGAAUUGCUGCUGAGCAUGCUAAACUAGCGGAACUAGCGGAACUAGCGGAACUAGAGGAAGUUGAACGCCUGGAGAAAGAGAGAACAAAUAAACAAUAUUAUUAAUUUGUAUUUGGACGCCUUAUAUAUUUAUUAAUUUUAAUUAUUAUUAUUGAAAUAUUAUUUAUAUUUAAGUAACCAUUGUUUUUUUAAAUGCAGACUUUUUUGAAAUUGCAAUUAUUUACCUAUUUGAAAAUACUACCAAAGCAUCCCUAUUAUUUGGAAGGAGCAACAUCUAGGUCUAUUUAACCACUUGAAGAUAUUCUUGGGGCCCUGAAUGAUCAAAACGCUUAACGAAAACUUAUACUGUGUUUUUGCUUCAUGAAGUUGGACGACUCAUAAACGUAGUUUUUAUUUUUGGUUGGACAGAUUUACUAGACAAUCAAACGAUGCCUAAGCUUAAAAGCUCAAAGCUAAUCAUAAAUAAGUGCAUUGAAUUAAACGAGGAUCCUGUGUCAUCUCCAAGAGCAUCAUAUUUCAUCUCCAAGAGGAUCCUAUAUUAUCUCCAAGCAGAUCUUGUGGCAUCUCCAAGAGGAUCCUGUAUCAUCUCCCAAGAGGAUCCUGUUUCAUCUCCGAGAGGAUCCUAUAUCAUCUCCAAGCGGAUCCUGUGUCAUCUCCAAGAGAAUCCUGUUUCAUCUCCAAGUGGAUCCUAUAUAAUCUCCAAGAGGAUCCUGUUUCAUCUCCAAGUGGAUCCUAUAUAAUCUCCAAGAGGAUCCUGUUUCAUCUCCAAGUGAAUCCUGUAUCAUCUCCAAGAGAAUCCUAUAUCAUCUCCAAAAGGAUCCUGUGUUAUCUCCAAGCGGAUCCUGUGUCAACUCCAAGCGGAUUCUGUGACAUCUCCAAGAGGAUCCUGUAACAUCUCCAAGAGGAUACUGUAUCAUCUUCAAGAGGAUCAGGUGUAAACUCCAAGAGGAUCCUGUAUCAUCUCCAGGAAGAUUCUGUGUCGAUCAUCUCCAAGAGUAUCCUAUGUUAAUUCCAAGAGAAUCCUAUGUCAUCAAGAGAAUCCUGUGUAAACUUCAAGGGGACCCUGUGUCAUCUCCAAGAGGAUCCUGUGUCAUCUCCAAGAGAAUCCUGUAUCAUCUCCAAGAGGAUAGUAUAUCAUCUCCAAGCAGAUCCUGUGUCAUCUCCAUGAGGAUCCUUUUUCAUCUCCAAGAAGAUCCUGUAUCAUCUCCAAGAGCAUCGGGUGUAAACUCCAAGAGGAUCCUGUGUUAUCUCCAAGAAAAUCCUGUGUCGAUCAUCUCCAAAAGGAUCCUAUUUUAUCUCUAAGAGAAUCCUGUGUUAACUUCAUAAGGAUCCUGUGUCAUCUCCAAGCGUAUCUUGUUUCAUCUCCAAAAGGAUCCUAUGUUAUCUUCAAGAGGAUCCCAUGUCAUCAAGAGAAUCCUGUGUAAACGUCAUGAGGAUCCUAUGUCAUCAAGAGAAUCCUGAAGAAACUCCAAGAGGGUCCUGUGUCAUCUCCAAGAGGAUCCUGUUUCAUCUCCAAGAGGAUCUUGUUUCAACUCCAAGAGGAUCUUGUUUCAACUCCAAGAGGAUCCUGGUUCUUCUCCAAAAGGAUUCUGUGUCAUCUCUAAGAGGAUCCUAUGUUAUCUCCAAGAGGAUCCUGAAUCAUUCAUAUCCAAGAAAACGUACUUUAGCUUACAAAAGAGCUGUCUAAUCUUGGGGAUUUAAAUUAUGUUAUGACAUGUACUUCAAUCGUGUAACAACAUGAAUUGUAAAUUUAGAUUUAAACUUAUCAUUAGUUUUC